AUGGAGGAGGAGGACAGGAAUGGCACUAUCCCCAGAGCCACCUCGGUGUCACGGCUGUCCAAGGCCCUCUCCCACACCCACCUGGACCUACUGGAGCAAGAAGCCAUGGCCAGCUGCCCUUCGCAGACCUCCGGCACCGUGACCCCGCGGGUGACGCAGAGCACUCGCAAGAGGAAGCUGUCCAAGAGCCAGAGCCUGUCCGGUUCCCUGGAGAGUCUGAACGGCCUGGCCAGCGAGGCCAGAGUGCUGGUGGUGAACACCGGGGGGACCAUCGGUAUGAUGUACCAGAAUGAAGUCUUGGCCCCUCAGGAAAAUGCAUUUGUUAAGGCCUUGAAGAAACUUCCAAUUCUUCAUGAUGAGCAAUACGCCCAGCAGACCAAGCUGUAUGACUUCCACGAGUUCCCAGAAAUCACAUUGGUUCUCCCGCUCUCUAAGCAAAACAAAAGGAUUGUGUACUCUAUCGUAGAAUAUUCUCCUCUUCUUGAUUCCUGUAAUCAAUGACGACUGAUGACUGGGCCAAGAUUGCCAAGGAUAUUCAGAAAUAUUAUGAACACUAUGAUGGUUUUGUCGUUCUUCAUGGUACAGACACCAUGGCCUACACUGCAUCUGCACUGUCCUUUAUGUGCGAAAACUUGGGCAAAACUAUUGUGCUGACCGGCUCUCAGGUUCCCAUUUAUGAGAUGCGGAAUGAUGGCCGUGACAACCUGUUGGGGGCUUUGCUCAUUGCUGGGCAGUUUGUUAUUCCUGAGGUGUGUCUGUAUUUUCAUCACAAGCUGUACAGGGGAAACCGGGUGACGAAGGUGGAUGCGGGAAGUUUCAAUGCCUUCUCUUCUCCCAACUUGCCUCCACUUGCAAACGCUGAAGUUGAUAUUACAAUUAACUGGGAAACUGUUUGGCGAGCAAAUACCACCAAGAAAUUCCUGGUGCACACAGGCAUGAACAGAAAUGUGGGCCUGCUACGAAUAUUCCCUGGAAUUACUGCUGCCACUGUAAAGGCUUUCCUUCAGCCACCAAUGGAAGGCAUUGUGCUGGAGACCUAUGGCAGUGGGAAUGCCCCAGACUGCAGAACUGAUCUGCUUCAAGAACUAAAAUCUGCCACGGAACGUGGAGUGUUAAUCAUUAAUUGCACUCAGUGUUUGCGGGGUUCUGUCACAGCGUCAUAUGCAACAGGAAAGGCUCUUAGUGUGGUUGGGGUCAUUCCAGGGUGCGAUUUGACUCCAGAGGCAGCUCUAGCAAAGCUUUCGUACGUCUUGGGUAAAACGCACCUCAGCCUGGAGCAGAAAAAACAGAUGCUGUAUGAAAAUCUCCGGGGAGAGAUGACAGUCAGUGCCACUGGUGCUAAAAUCUCUCUAAGAGACAGCAAAUUCAUCCAGGUGGUCGCCAAGUCAGUUGGUGUGAGCUGCAAGGAGGUACAUUUUCAUCGGAAACUCAAGUUACAUUUUUAUAAUUCCUCGUAUGAAUUGGAGGCAGUUAGAGAUGCCUUGACGCCAGCUUUGGCUUGUGCUGCUGCUAAAACUGGAGACAUUAAUGCACUGGAAGCAAUAAGAGAUAUGGGGGGAAAUCUGAGCAGUGAAGACUAUGAUGGCAGAACACCAUUACACGUUGCCAGCUGUGAAGGUCACUACAGUGUGGUCCAGUAUCUGCUUAAUAACGGAGCUACUGUAUAUGCCAAGGACAGAUACGGUGACACACCUCUGAUGAAUGCUGUAAAAUUCAGACAGCUAGAAGUGAUUAAACUCCUGCGGCAGACAGGGGCUCAUCUUUCCAGGGAGGAGUUGGAGCACAGCGGCACAGAACUCUGCAGCUUGGCUGCCAGUGGGGAUGUGGAUGGACUGACUGCCUGGGAGCUGGCUGGUGUCGACAUGGAUCAAGCUGGUUAUGAUGGACAAACACCUUACCAAGUGGCAGAGGCUGUGGGGAAUGAAGAGGUCUUGGAAUUUUUUAACCAGAAGCGGGCACAGGUUUUCCUCAAUGGCAAUUCGAGUGACAAAGACAGCUAUUUAAGCAGUUAA